CCCAGUGACGGCCCCGCCAUGUCGGUGAUGGUGGCGAGGAAGAAGGUGGUUCGGAAAUGGGAGAAGCUGCCGGGCAGGAACACCUUCUGCUGCGACGGCCGCAUCAUGAUGGCCCGCCAGAAGGGCAUCUUCUACCUGACGCUCUUCCUCAUCCUCGGCACCUGCGCCCUCUUCUUCGCCUUUGAGUGUCGGUACCUGGCAGUCCAGCUGUCCCCAGCCAUCCCCGUGUUUGCAGCAGUUCUCUUCCUGUUCGCCAUGGCCACGCUCCUGCGGACGAGCUUCAGUGAUCCUGGGGUGAUCCCGAGAGCCCUGCCUGACGAGGCAGCCUUCAUCGAGAUGGAGAUUGAGGCCACCAACGGGACUGUGCCACAGGGUCAGCGCCCGCCCCCGCGGAUUAAAAACUUCCAGAUCAACAACCAGAUAGUGAAGCUGAAGUAUUGCUACACAUGUAAGAUCUUCCGUCCGCCCCGUGCCUCUCACUGCAGCAUCUGCGACAACUGUGUGGAGCGCUUCGACCAUCACUGUCCCUGGGUGGGCAACUGCGUGGGGAAGAGGAACUACCGCUAUUUCUACCUCUUCAUCCUCUCGCUGUCACUCCUCACCAUCUACAUCUUCACCUUCAACAUAGUCUACGUAGCACUGAAAUCUCUGAAGAUUGGGUUUCUGAACACAUUGAAGGAAACCCCAGGGACUGUACUGGAGGUGCUCAUCUGUUUCUUCACCCUGUGGUCAGUGGUGGGGUUAACUGGGUUCCACACCUUCCUGGUGGCACUGAAUCAGACAACCAACGAAGAUAUUAAGGGAUCCUGGACUGGGAAGAACCGCGUGCAGAAUCCCUACAGCCAUGGCAACAUAGUGAAGAACUGCUGUGAGGUGCUCUGUGGGCCUCUGCCCCCCAGCGUCUUGGACAGACGGGGCAUCUUGCAGCAAGAGGAGAGCACAGCUCAGGAGGAGUCGUGCCCACGGGGGCCCAGCACUCAAGAGCCCACCGCUGCUCAGGGUGCCGGUGGGCAGGCAGAGGAGAGCAGCGCUCAGCAGAAGGAUGGCAGCCUUCCUCACCUGAAUGCUGUCCCUGCGCCAUCCCUGAGCAACGCUGAGAUGUCAGAGCAGAAGCAGCUAACAUCUGGGGAGCUCCCAGUCCCAUCCCAGGACGCUGGGCAAGCAGAGCACUAGCCUCUGCUUGAAAGGGAGAACUUUCUUGUUUUGUCUAAUCAAAGCUGGAAGUGAUUGAGGAGAGGAGGAGAUGGGCUGGAUGGCAGGCAAACGAUUCCUCACGGCCAUUUUGCUUUAGUCAUUAUUCACCUCGAUGCGCAGGCAGCGCGGGCUGGUGCUGGCCUUGCAUGGUGUCAAAGGAUAACGAGCGUGAGUGGCCCACCUUGGUCACCGAGAGGCACUCGCCACCACUGAGGCUGGUCUCACUGCAGGCCGAGGCAGGACCUCUUGCUCUGCAGGUUGUCCUGGAUGCUAAAUACCGUCUCGGUGGCCGGGGCUGUCCCUCCAUCUGGCCCCAACUCUCUGACGAGACAACUUGUGGUCAAGCAGCUCAGAAGCGACGUUAGGGUCGGCCUGCUCCCUACUGCUGAGGAAUCCUGAUGGGAAGGGGAAAGCAAUUUAUGGCAGUAGCGUCCUCUCUCCCCUCCUCCCUCCUUCCUCUAAUCUGUGGCAUUGUUUUAUUGGUUAACGUGGCAGGGGUUGUCAGGAGAUGUUGUGGUGCCAAAAGGGCCAAAACAACCAGGAAGGUCUUCUGCUGGCAACGGUUUUUAAAGUAGCUUCCUUCCCGUGCUCCUUCUUUUCAUGUGACUUAACCGGCACGAGAGCAGCCAUGGCGGGGGCCCUCCUUCACGUCCUUCCCCGGGGCUCACACCGAACUGGGGGCUUGAGGGAAGGAGCAAGGCAGCCCGUCUUCCUGCCACUUGUCUCCGCCCCGUGCCGGCCGCAGAGCGGUUGUGCAAGGGGUGUAUCGAGCUGCAGGGGAGGGUCUGCCUGUGCCACUGGCUCUCUAGCUAGUGCCAGGGCUGCCUUUGCUGUGCCGAGCACAGGCGUGCCCUCCUCUUGCCCGCCAGGUUGUGGCACACCGCUCGGCCGCUGCUCUGCAGUGCCUCAGCCCCGAUUCUGUGUUGUGUCGUCAUGUCCCCGUGUCCCCCCUGCCUUGCCCUGCAUUUCUCAGCCAUCCUUGACUGGCUUUCAGAGCCUUGACUCUUCCCUGGGCUUUGCUGGCUGUCCUGGGACUGCCUGUGCGGUGUCAGCCGUCUGCGCCUCCUCGGCAGAGGAGGGAGGAGAGGCCAGGGCCAGGCGGCGGCGGAAGACCUCUGUGCUGUGGCAGGGCUCCUCUUCAGCUCGAUGCUCCCUGUCCUGUGCCUGGCAGCUGGGCUGGGAAGAGCCUCAUGUCUGCGGGGUCCUUGCAGAGGCCGGCGAUGGAGGGAAGGCUGUUUUGUGCCCUGGCAGCCCUCCAUCCUGUACCACGAGUGCUGGGUACUUCUGCGCCUCCCCGCAGACAUGUGGUGAGUGGGUGGCAGGUGGAGGAUGUCCUGCCAGGGCAGUCCUGCUUGUUUCUCCGUGAUGCUCCUGCCUGGCAGCGUGAAGUUGCUGCUCCUCCUUCCCUGACCUCAUAUGCUAUCCUGGUUUCAACAGUGGUGUGGAGCACAGCAAAGCGGGGAGCCUUGUCCCUCUGGAGCCUGAUGCGUGCCUCCCAACUCGCUCCUCUUCCCUGGCCCCUCGCAGUGUUGACCUGGGCCGUGACUGGCAGCGGGUGAAGAGGUAUUAACGUGGCGACCGGCGCUGCCCCCUCUCCCGUAGUGCCAGGGUCUCCUCUGCCGGGUGAGAGGGCAGAGCUGCCGCCCUGGGCUCCGGCAGCGGGUUCGCAGUUGCCCUGCAGCUGCCUUCAGCUGCUCCCUUCUGGCGCUUGCCAGGGAAGGAGCCCUGGCCUCCCGCUGCCAGCG